UUGCGUGUAUUGGAGCAGACUGGCUCCGUAAUGGUGUGUGUGUUGGUCAGUAUUUCAGAGGAGGAGCCGGGCCCUUUGCGGAGUGACACUGAAGGAAAAGGGGGACCUAAAAUUAGUCGGACAUUCAGCUACCUCCGAAGCAAGAUAAGCAAGAAAGGCAAGGAGAAGGACAGAAAGGGAGAGAGAGAACGAGAGAGUAAAGACAGAGACAAGAAGAGUGCAAACGAUCAUGUCUUACUCCCAGUUAGCCCAUCUCCUUCUACAGCCAGCAUCAAAGUCCUGCAUAAUAAGGAAACUUUCCUCUGCAACACUGCAUCUUCAGCAUCAUCUGUGUCUUCCACAUCCUCCUCAUCAUCACGGGAACGCUGGUCCACAGUCACCACUCCUGAUGACCAGUUUAUUCCACGGAGACACUCCAGUAUCUUCAACCCACACAGCAACCUGGCCAAGAGCAUCUCCACCAGCAACAUAGCAGGGUUAGAUGAUGUGCCACUGAAAGGCCUGAAGUUUCUGUCCCAGUCCACUGACUCUCUCAAUCAGGGGAGCAAAGUCAGUGCCUCAACUGAGUCACUCACCGAUGACGGUACUGAGAUGAUAGACAGUCAGCUGAUUGGAGAGUUUGAGUGUGACAUUAUAGAUCUGGAAGCUGAUUCUUGGAGCGGUAUGAUGGAUAAGAAGUUCUUGAAAAUGUUGAGGAAAGAUGAAAUCAAGAAACAAGAUGUCAUCUAUGAGUUGUUCCAGACAGAGGUCCACCAUGUGAGGACGCUGAAGAUCAUGUCUGAAGUUUACUAUAAAGGCCUUCAGAAGGAGCUGCAGUUUGACACUCACACUCUGGACAAGAUUUUCCCAGUUUUAGACAGGCUGUUUGACACACACUCACAUUUCCUCACCCUACUCCUGGAGAGAAAGAGGGCUUCAACAGUUAAGGGACAAAACAACAACAGCUUCUACAUCUGUAGCAUCGGGGACAUCCUGCUCAACCAGUUUUCAGGCUGCAGUGCUGAUCGUAUGAAGAAAGUUUAUGGGAAGUUCUGCAGUCGCCACAAUGAAGCUGUCAAUCUCUACAAAGACCUGCAUGCCAAAGAUAAACGCUUCCAAGCUUUCAUCAAGAGGACAAUGAGCAGCAGCAUUGUGCGGAGACUCAGUAUUCCAGAGUGCAUUUUGUUGGUCACUCAGAGGAUCACAAAAUAUCCUGUUCUCAUCCAAAGGAUACUUCAGCACACUAAAGACUCAGAUAAAGACUACGGCUCUGUUUAUGAAGCUCUGCGCUGUGUGAAGGAGUUAAUCAUGGCUGUGGACAGUAAAGUCAACGAGCAGGAGAAGAAACGGAGACUGAGGGAAGUCUACAGUCGCACUGACAGUAAGUCCAUCAUGAGGAUGAAGAGUGGUCAGAUGUUUGCUAAAGAGGACCUGAUCAGAGGGAGGAAGUUGCUGCAUGAUGGAGCACUGCAGCUGAAAACCUCUGCUGGACGACUCAAAGAUGUUCAGGCCUUGCUCCUGUCUGAUGUGUUGGUCUUUCUUCAGGAAAAAGACCAGAAAUAUGUCUUUGCCUCAUUGGACCAUCGCUCUACAGUCAUCUCUUUACAGAAUCUAAUAGUCAGAGAAGUGGCCAAUGAGGAGCGAGGUCUCUUUCUCAUCACAGCUGGUAUAGAAAGACCAGAGAUGGUGGAGGUGUUGGCCAGCAGCAAGGAGGAGCGCAACACAUGGAGGGCUGUUAUACAAGACACCAUGCACUGCAUGGAGAAAGAUGAGGACGAGGGAGUUCCCAGUGAGACAGAAGAAGACAGGAAGCAGCAGGAGAACAAAGCAAAGGAGAUCCGAGAGCUUCUACGGAGGAAAGAUGAGCAGAUCAUCUCUUUAUUGGAGGAGAAAGUCCACAUCUUUAGAGAUCUGAGUGACUGGAAUCCCCCCCCUGAUGAUCCAAAUCCACCCGUCAGGGAGCAGAUGUUAUUCAUGGCCACACCUGAUGAUAUCACAAAGGGGGAGCCAAUUAUAAAGGAUGCCCUCAGGGAGGUGGAGACCCUGCAUGCUUUAGUCAACUGUGCUGUUGGUGGAGCAGACUGCAGUGUUCCAGCUGGCCUGACAGGGGGCAGUGUAGGACCAGUCUCUCUGCCCAGGAGAGCUGAGACAUUUGGAGGCUUUGACAGUCAUCAGAUGAGCAGCAAGAAUGGAGAGAAGGAAGAGGGGGAUGAUUUGCUAGACCUCCGCAGGACUGAGUCAGACAGCGUGUUGAAGAAGGGAGUCACUGCCAGCCUACAGAUGUUGCUGAAGAGAAACAAUGAGCAGGUUCAGCACAGUGUGACACAUCUUCACGACCUGCUGAUUUCACUGCAGGCUGUGGUGGUUCAGCAGGACUCGUUCAUUCAGGAGCAGCGGCAGACCCUGAAUGAGCGGCUCAAUGCCAAUUCCUCCAGACACUCGUCCUCCUCCUCACUCUCAUCCUCUUCCUCCUCAUGCCCCUCCUCCUUCAUGGAGCAGGAGAAACAUAGGAGUCUGGAAAGACAGCGACAGGAGGCGGCCACUCUGCAGAAACAGCAGGCUGCAUACCAGGAGGAAAAGAGGAGGAGAGAGAAGGCAUGGGACUUGAAGGAGAAAGGUCUGGCAGAGCGGGAGGAGAGGCUAAGAGUAGAGGAGGAGCAGACCAGCAAGAGGCGUCAAGAGCUGUUGGAGGAGAGAGAGACACUGCAGAGGAAGGAAGAGGAGUACCAGAGAGAGAUGGAGAGGGUGAGGGAGGCACAGAGGAGGCUGGAGAGAGACAUGGAAGCUCUAAGGAAAGACACAGAGAGACUGGAGGCCACGAAGAGAGACAAGUUGGAGCGGCUUCAGAGGUACCAGCGUACCCCCUCCACAACCUCUGAAGACUCCAUAAAGUUCCCCAGCUCUGGAUCUCUGGAUCUAGAUUCAAAUCAAGCAGUAGAACAGCCAAAAGAGGUGGAGCUCUCUUCCUCUGCACCAACCAAAGAACCUUUCCUCCGCAUUGGAUCCAAGAGGAUGAGCAAAAGCUUUAACCCCUUUUCCUCCUCUAAGCCUCAGGGAGCAGAGAAGGAGUCCAAACAGCUCCAGCUGGCCAAACCCAAAGAGAAGAAAGACAAGAAGAAGAAGGGCAAAGGAGAGCAGACACAGACAGAAAGCAAAGUCGCAGUGAUGUUGGAUCCUCAGAAUGAUGGAGAUAUCUUCUUUUGCUGAGGACCUGGAUGAUGCACAUAUGAAUUGCAAACUGGCCAGUAAAGCAAACAGGACCCCAGCUGUCCCCUAACUCUCUGUUUGGAUAUACUGUCUGGCCUCUGGACAGUGGACACUGUCCCUACCCUCCUGUCAAACAGGAUGGAUCAUUAUGAACGAGAAGCUGCCAGAUUCUUGGGAUGACAGUUUGACUUACCUACAUGGGUCCCACUUCCUCCUAGAGAAACCAGGUGAAGUCAUGUUGAUUUGAUGAUUUAAUCAGGAGGACUUGAAUUGACAAAUGUGCCAAAAAUGUUCCCUACAACCAUCUGUCAGUUAGAGAUGUGACUGAAGGUCAAGGAGGAUCAAAGGAGCAGUGUGAGAGGAAACACAAGAGGAAAGCAGGAUUUCUUCCUGCUGUCAGUCGACAGAUGAUGUGUUAGACCCUGUGACAUGGUGCUUCAAGUCAGACUUUAAACUGUAGCUUUAACAUGAACCAAUAAUGAGUGCCUUUGCCUUUGAAGUAUUUCUGAUACUAACUUUGAAUGCUUGUGGUGCUGCUGACUCCUCAGUUUCAGUGAGCAGUUACACAGUCUGGGUCCCCGGCUGAACAGCUCCAGAAACUUUGAAUCUCAAGUGUGAUUUAAGUUUCCCCACGUGUUGUAUGCCCAGUUUUAUCUGUCAGUCUGUCAAUCAAGACAUAAAAGGGAAGACAGAUGCCACACCAUGUGGUGUUUGUAACAGUUAGUAACCCAUGAACCAUUUGUCACUGUUCCUGCUGAGGUCAAUGUGUAUAACAAGGCCACAGACAUAAUCAAUCAAUGAUACGUCAGUCACCAGAGAGAUGGAUGAAUCUAGAGACACAGGUUGAGUGGUCAUGAAAAAGUGUGGGGUGACUCAGUUAUUUUAGUGCCUUAAGUCUCUAAUAUAGUAUCUGUCUGAUGACUGUUGUGAUAGUGGAAUGAAGAGCAUGCUUACAGUAGAUGUUUUUUUCAUAAUACUUUUGUCAGAUAAUUAACUGCAGUCUCUAAAAAAUUCAUUGUUCUUGGUAGGUGGUCAUUUAUUUUAGUGGUGAAACGCACCAGUCAGACUAGAACAGCUCAGUAUGAGCUCUACAGAAGAAUGAGUGAUAAUCUGUAGGCCCUAAUCACACAGAAAGUAAUUUGCAGGUUGCAAAACACGAGGCGCCAUUUAAAAAAAAGAAAGAGAGAAUGCCACAAGUAAAAAAAAUAAAUAAAUAAAAAUAAAAAAAA